ACUUCUGCCACCACCUACCGCGCUAGCAAUCCGAUCGAUGCGUGCUAUCCGCAAAUACUUUUAAAUAUGAGCUACACUGGACAACGGACGACAGUUCUCGAGAAGACGUUAGACCGAUCGUUGUGAAAAGUCGAAAAAAUCAUACAAAAUUUUUAUAUAACCUCAAGAACUUUUUACAUAUACUACCUAUUCUAGUACAAUAAUUUUUGUUUUCUAUUUUCAAAAUGAACAAUCCUAAACGUCUUUCGGAAUUAAUAGUGCAAAAUUUGGGUCCCUUGCAUGAAAGUGAUCCUGGCUGGGAGAUCGGUCCUUCGGAAAUCGGUGGUCGUGCAGUUUAUGCAGCGCGAGAUCUUAAACGUGGUGAUGUGAUAUUUCGUGAAAAUCCUCUGCUAAUUGGGCCCGCAGCUCAAAAUGAGGACUCUUUGAAUAUGUGUUCGAUAUGUUUUAAGGUUUUGAAUGAAACCAAAUUUAUGUGCCGUCAAGGAUGUGGUUUGUCAGUGUGCGGGGCGUGUGCAAAAAAGAAGCAACACAAAGAUGAAUGCGAGCUUUUUAAGUCGUGGGAACCGAAUGAGCCUGGCAUUGCUAAUUCACAAGUUCUUCGUCUAUUAACUGUAGCCCGGGGUUUAUUAUUGGCUCAGGAACAACAGGAUUUAUUAUAUUCUCUACAAGCAACUUUGGAUAAUAAUCAUAGAACAGAGGUGCGAUAUGCAGCCAAGUGUUUUAGAAAUUUCCCUACCGACAAGAAGAUCAUUGAUGUUAUUAAUCGAUCAGUGGCAGCUGUUAAGACAUAUGGAUUUAAUGCAGGCAGUCCGGAAAAGACUACAAACAAUGAGGAAUGUCCACAUAGAUCAUUGUAUCCAUUGUUUGGAGUUUUGAAUAAUGAUUGUGUGUCAAAUACUACGUAUCACUUGGAUCCAAAGACAUGGCAGAUGACUGUUAAGGCUGCAUUGGAUAUUCCCAAGGGCACCGAACUGACUACAACGUAUACUAAGCUGUUUUCGAAUAAUAUUGCGAGGUAUCAGUUUUUGAAGCAGAAAAAACAUAUCGUUUGCAAGUGUCCGAGGUGUAUGGAUCCGACGGAAAAAGGUUCCUUCAUCUCGGGUCUGUAUUGCCGCAACACACAAUGUCCAGGCAUGGUUGUGCCAGAAACUAAAAAUAUGCCCCAUCCCGAUUGGAAUUGUUUGAAAUGUAAACAAAAAUCAAAUCACAGCCAAAUGAAUAAAAGUCAAGACUUUGCAUCUGGAGCCUUAAAUGCUAAAUUCCAUGCAGAUUCGUUAAGUGUGGUUAUCGAGUAUAUAAAUGAGAAAAGUUCCAGUUUUAUACCCGAUUCCAAUCAUGUUGUAAUUGAUGCCAAACUUCAGAUUAUUGAAAAACUUAGCGAAGGAAAGGAUAAAUAUACAGAAGAUGAAUAUAAAAACAAAGAGCGCUACUGUACCGAUAUUUUAGGAAUAUUAGAUAAAUUGGGUGUAGGUGAUUGCCCCAUGAGAACAUAUUUAGAAACUGAAAAAGUAAAAUAAUUUUAAAUUUUUAUGAACAAAAAAAAAAACAUAAA